UUUUUGACAUUAAUCUCCUUCUAUCUUCAUAAUGUAUAUAAGAACGUCAUAACGUCAAUUCAUGAAAAGCUACGUCAUUUAAGAAAUCGUAAUAACUUUUUAAGAAAUACUAAAUAAAAAAAUGCAUUGGUAUACAGGAAAAAUUGCAGAAGCAGUCGCUACCUCAAAAUCUAAGGGUGCAAUAUUUGUAGUUUAUAUUGAAGGAAAGGAUGGGAAAUCACAGAAUUUUACCAAUUUAAUUGAAAAUACGGAUGUGGGUCUUAUAUUAAGUAGUGAUAGUUUUGUUGCUAUUAAAGUAGAAGCCGAAUCAGUGCCUCAUCAACAAUUUCUUGAGAUAUAUAAACAAACAGCUGUGCCCUCAAUAUACUUUAUAGGCAAUGGUGGAAUUCCAUUAGAUAUAAUAACUGAAGUUUCAGAUUCUGCUAGUUUAAUAAAACAGCUGGAUAAUGUUUUAUUUAAAGCAGGUAUGAGUCCCAGUCAAAGCUCAGCAUCAGAAACUUUAAUAAAUGCAGAACAAUCAUCAUCAAAACCACCUAAUGUUGUGUGUGAAAAUGGUGUGUGUACAAUCAAGAGGGACACUCAAGUUAAUUUACCAUCAACCAGUACAACAGGAGGUGAUUCAGCUACACUUACAUCUGAUGAGAAAUUAGAGAGAGCAAAAAAACUUUUAGAUGCUAAAAAGCUAGAAAAAGAAAGGGAGGAAAAAGAGAUUGAAAAACUGAAAGAGAUUGAAAGGAGAAAAUUAGGCCAAGAGAUGCAGAAAAUGAAGAAAUGGCAAGAAGAUUUAGAGUUAAAACAACUGAAAGAAGAAAGAGAAAAAGAAAAAAGACUAGAAAGAGAAGCUCGAGAAAGAGUUUUAGCCCAGAUUGCACAAGACAAGGCUGAUAGAGCCGCAAGAUUUCAACCUGCUGCAGCCUCUACACCAACCAACAAAGAAGCUGAACCCACACCUGGACCUUCAGGAAGUAAGUCAGACUCAAAAACUGCAAUACUGCAAUUCAAGUUACCCGAUGGUUCAACAAAAACUCAAGAUUUUCCUAGUUCAGACAAACUACAGUCAGUUUUGAAUUACCUCAAAGCAGAACUUAAGUUGCCUUUGAAUAAAUUCACUCUUUCAACCACAUUUCCAAGGAGGCAAUUUACUGAGAAUGAUCAUGUGAAGAGCUUGGCUGAGCUACAAUUGACCCCGAAUGCUGUAAUUCUUGUUUUACCAUUGAACUAUGGAUCAGUAUCUACAAACAGUGGGCCUGGGGGAUUUACAGGAUUUAUUUGGACAUUACUGACGCCUUUGUUAGGAAUUUUUAAUUUUAUAAAAGUUUUUUUGGGUUUUGGUGAUGCAGGACAUGUGAGUGGUGAUGGUAGUGCAUCAUCUGCCAGUGGAGGAUACUCUGGAGGAAGAUUAAAUUCUGUGAUUCAUAUUAGUAGCAAGUAUGAUUUGGAAAAUAAACUUAAAGCUGCUGGAUCUAAAUUGGUGGUUAUAGACUUUUUUGCCACAUGGUGUGGUCCAUGUAAAAUGAUUGCGCCAGAAAUUGACAGGAUGGCUAAGGACUUUCCUUCUGUGGUAUUUCUCAAGGUGGAUGUUGAUCAAAAUGGUGAUAUAUCAAGAGGAUAUAACAUAUCAGCAAUGCCUACUUUUGUAUUCCUUAAAAACAGAAGAGAAGUCAGCAGAUUCCAAGGUGCUGAUUCAUACCAGCUGAGAUCCACUGUUCAACGUUAUAAGUAGUUAUACUGCAAAUGUGGUUCUAUUCUAUUCUAUAAUAGUUUUUUGGCGUACAAGUAUCAG